AUGUUUCAUUUAUUAACAAUCGAAGAUAGAGUUAGAAUUCCACCAAAUGAUUUCAAUAACGAAGUACAAACUAUAGAGGAUGAAAUUGAAAAGAAAUAUGUUAGUAAAGUUGUAUUAGAUGGCGGAUUAUUUAUAGCGUUAUAUGAUAUAUUGGGUACAGGUGAUUCAUAUGUAUAUUCAGGUGAUGGUGCUGCACAUUUAAUGGUUAGAUUUAGAAUGGUCGUUUUUAAACCAUUCAAAGGCGAAAUAAUGGAGGGUGUUAUCAAAAAAUCAACAAAAGAUCAAGUACAAAUUACUAUUGGUUUUUAUGAUGAAAUUUAUUUAAAUCCAAUCGAAUUACCAAUACCUUCAAGUUUUUCUGAUGAAGAAAAACUUUGGUAUUGGGAAUGGAAUGAUAAUCAAUUAUUUUUUGAAAAUGGUGGUAGAGUUAGAUUUAGAGUUGAACAAAUAGAAUUUAAUCCAGAAGUUUCACAACCAGCACCAGCACCAAAAAAUUUAAAUACAGAUAGUAUGGACUCAUAUACAUUAAGAGAAUACAAAGAAAGACAAGCAGAGAAUGAAAGAUUAUUACAACAAGUAAAGUCACCAUUAAUUUUAAAAGUUUCAGUUAAAGAUUCUGGUUUGGGUAUGAUUGAAUGGUGGACUGGACAAGAUGCAGGUAAUGAAGAAGACGAAGAAGAAAACGAUCAAAUGAAUGAAGAA